AUGUCUCAUCCAAUUUCAUCAGAAUUCGAUAUCAUUUUUGCUGGAGGCGGUGCUACGGCGUGCGUUGUCGCAGGUCGCCUGGCUGCUUGUGAUCACUCGCUCAGGAUUUUAAUUCUGGAAGGGGGUCCACACACCCUCAAUAAAGCUGCCCAUGUUCAGCCCUACCAAUACCCAACACAUAUGGCGCCCACCAGUACCACGAUGACGUUCAACAUCGGAAAUCCCACUCCACGUCUCAACGGCCGUGCACCGAUGGUUCCGUGCGGUCAUUGCAUUGGUGGGGGAUCAAGUGUGAAUGCUAUGGUAUACACCCGUGCGCCUGCCUCGGAUUUCGAUGAUUGGGGAGUCGAUGGUUGGGAAUCUAAAAAUUUAAUCCCGCUCAUGAAGAAGCUGGAAACGUACGAGGUACAGCCCGACCGUCCAACUCACGGAUACAGUGGGCCUAUCAAGGUGUCAUCUGGUGGGCGGAAACUAGCUGUCUGCGAUGAGUUCAUCAGUGUUGGCAUGACGUAUCACAAGAGGCCAUAUGCCGAAGACACUGAUGAUUUAGAAAUAUGCAACACAUACAGUCCAUGGGCGAAGUACAUUGACGGGACAACAGGAAGGCGUUCCGAUGCGGCCCACCAUUAUGUCUACAACCAAGCUCACAACACGAAUUUACAACUGUGGGUCGGCAAGCGCGUGAAGCGCGUGAUCUUCGAGGACAAGCGUGCUGUGGGUGUUGAGUUUAUCAGCGACCCAGUAUCUUGCCCGGACGCGGAUCAGUCAUCGAGCUUUGUGAGAGCAUCAAAGCUUGUUGUCGUCUCUGCUGGGGCGUUCGGUUCGCCAACCAUUCUCGAGAGGUCUGGGAUCGGUGCCGAGGCAGUCCUCAAGCGGUGCGGUAUAGAGCAACUGGUGAACUUACCUGGCGUCGGAGAACAUUUUCAAGAUCACGAUGGCGCCUUUAUUCCAUACUUUGCUGCCGACGGGGUUGAUACUUUGGAUCCUCUCUGGCGCGGGGAGGAAAAUGUUAUACAGGAAAACCUUGCGGAAUGGGAAAUUAAUGGCAAGUCACUCGUUGCCCAAAAUGGCAGCGAUGCAAAGAUCAAGUGGCGUCCUGACGACGAUGAGCUGAAAGCCAUGGGUCCAGUUUUUCAACAACGAUGGAAGGAGUUCUUCCAGGACCGCCCAGACAAGGCUGUUGCAAUAUUCGCCAUCUUUGCAGGAUACUAUGGAACACUCAUGAGUGUCCUUCCCCCUCGCAAUUACUUUGUUGCAACCUGUUAUACGCUAUACCCCGUAUCUGCUGGCAGCGUUCAUAUGAAAUUGGGAGAGAAUGGCAAAGAAGAAAUUGACUUCACUACAGGCUCCCUAGAUGACCCAUCCGAUAUUAUACCUCUUAACUUUGGGUACAAAAGGAUCCGCGAAAUAUUGCGACGCAUGCCCUCCUACAGAGGUGAAGUCCCCGCCGGCCAUCCUUCUUUCCCAGAGGGAAGCAAUGCAGUCACCAGAGAAGUGACCGGACCAGUGGACAUGAAUGCUCCUGAUAUCAUCUACACUGCAGAAGAUGACGAGGCGAUUGAUAAAUUCCAUCGUGAUAAGUUGUGUUCGGCGUGGCACCCGCUCGGGACUUGUGCUAUGAAGCCGAGGGCAGACCAAGGAGUCGUUGACGCUCGGCUAAACGUGUACGGCGUGACGAACCUCAAGAUUGCGGAUAUGUCUAUCGCACCGAAAAAUGUUGGCACGAACACGUAUUCAACGGCACUCCUCAUUGGAGAGAAGGCUGCGAUGAUCAUUGCGGAAGACUUGGGUAUCGAUCGCAAACCAUAA